AUGUCGCGUUACCCUGAUGUGGCGUCAAAGAGUUUGUCAAGACUGUCGCCUCAGAUUGGACAGCUGACCCAGCUCCAGUACCGGAACCACAGCCUGCGGGCCGCGGGGAGGCGGCAAUCACGAGACAUACAGAUUGACGACGCUGCCUGGCCGAACAUGUGGCACGCGCGCGAGGACCAAUUCCCUAACCUGGGCGUGUACGAGUCUUGGUUGCAAGGCUACACUGGGGCAGGGGUGCACGUGAGCGUCCUUGACGACGGCAUUGAACCUGACCAUCCAGACCUUAUAGCCAACUAUGACAGUGCUGGCAGUUACGACUAUAUCUAUGAUACGCCAUUUGUCAACCAUACGGAAACUGACUAUCACGGGACGUGGUGCGCGGGGAUUAUUUCUGCUACGAAGAAUAACGACUGUGUUCUAGGAAUGGCGUACGACUCCAAACUUUCAUCGGUGAAGAUUUUCGACUCGUAUUAUGGCCUGACUGACUUCGGGGAGUCCCAGGCCUUGACGCACAACCUCGCACAGACGGACAUAUACUCCAACAGCUGGGGACCCUUUGAUUCCGGGGAUAUUAUGGAGGGACCUGGACCCCUCGCCACAGAGGCGCUAAAAAGGGCAAUCACAGAGGGCCGGAACGGCAAGGGCGCCAUUUACACCUGGGCGGCCGGGAAUGGAGGUAUCUAUGACGACUGCGGGUGCGACGGUUACGCCGGAAGUAUAUACACGAUCAGCGUGACGGCUGUGGGGCGGGACCAAGGGCCCUCGUGGUACUCGGAGGAGUGUUCCAGCGUGUUUGUCGGGGCGUACAGUGGGGACAGUCCUGACCUCAGGAUUUGGACGACGGACACCGGCGGUAUGUGCACGGGUAGUUUCCAGGGAACUUCCGCUUCCUGUCCCGUGGGUGCCGGCGUUAUUGCGCUCGCUCUCCAAGCAAACCCUGAUCUGACGUGGCGUGACGUGCAGCACCUGAUAGUGGCCACAGCAUCCACUUCCGGUCUGAUUGGCGCUAACUGGCAGUUGAAUGGCGCCGGAAUUUAUGUGAGUCAUGUGUUCGGAUUCGGCCUUAUCAACGCUGAGGCCAUGGUCCGUGAAGCCAUGACGUGGACAAACGUGUCACCGCAACGUACAUGCACCAGUGACGUCAUUGUUGUCAACAGUAUGUCGGCGCGCGGAGAAUAUGUGACGUCAUCGCACGUCACUAACGGUUGCGGUCAGGUGACCUACGUUGAGCAUGUGGAGGUGUGGCUAAGUUAUGAGGCCACCUACAGGGGAAGCGUACAGAUAACCCUGACGUCCCCGCGUGGUACAAGGAGCAGGCUGAUACGUCCACGUCGGUUUGACGUUUAUAAUGGGACGACGGAAUGGACGUUCAUGACGAUAAUGUCGUGGGGAGAGCUGGCUGCAGGAGAGUGGACGCUGCAACUGGAGACGUUAGACGUCACAACAGAUUUUGGUAUCAAUUCCUGGCAGCUUAUUAUGUAUGGAACCGAAACAGCCGCCUCUUACGCUGAUCCUCAAGUGUCCCCUGAAACCGACGACACUGAUGGUGGCGCCAUUGCCGGCGGGGUGGUUGGUGGACUGGCCGUUGUGGCUAUCGCAGCCGUCGCCAUAGCCUACCUUGUCAUCAGCAAGAAGGCCCGACCGCCGACCGUGAAGCCCGCGACUUCCAAUGGUGGCGGCGUGGAUAACCCGGUCAUGAAUACCCGCUACCCCGGAAACGGCGUGAUUGCUGAGGAGGAAUAG